AUGGAACAAGAUGUUAUAAAUUUGAAAAACCAUACUACUCAAUAUAAAGUACUGAAAGAUGAAGAAAUAAAACAAAAAGCCCUGAAGACAUAUAUGGAUAGCGAUGAGUAUAAAAAAGAAGUUGAAGCAAAUGUAAAGGCAGAAAAACUUUUACAGUUGCAAAACCAAACCGUACAGUAUGAAAACUUAGCACAAGAAAGUAAAAAUAACGACGCAGCCAUGCAAAAGGCAAUGAAAAGCGCAGAAUAUAUAAAAGCUAAUAAUGACUGGUUAGAUGCCCAAGCCAACGCUAAAGCAGCCCAACUUAUAGGGUCAAUAAGGACAAAAAUACAAGCGGAUGAAGACAGUUCAAAUGAAGCUUUAAUGAAUGCUGACUUUAAGAACGCCUUCGAAGCUCUUCAUAGUAAGGUGAAACUAGUGAACGACUUCUCAUCUGGAAAGAAACUGAAGUCUGAAGGUUUCGACAAAGAGUUAAGAGAAGUAGCACAAAAUAUGACGAAAAUAACAGAUGCAGCAACGAGACAGGCAGUUCAAAGUGCCUAUGACGCCGUUAGAGCAACUGUUGUGGAAAGUCAAGAAAAAGAGUUACAACAGACCAAAACAGACCUAGUAAAUGCUUUCUUAAAAACGAAAAGUCAGGUAGGACAUUAUGCUGCAGAUGGAACAUAUGUGCCAGCUGGUGGAACUUAUAUACCAGCUGGUGGAACUUAUAUACUAGCUAGUGGAACUUAUAUACCACCAAACCCUCCAAGAGAAGCACCUGCACCAGGACUACCUAAAACAUUUACAUCGUCACAUGGACACAGACACAGGCAUGCACCAAAACCAACACAACAACCAACACAACAACCAACAGUUCAAAACACUGCACCACAACCAACAGUUCAAAACACUGCACCACAACCAACAGUUCAAAACACUGCACAGCAACAACCACAAACAGAGCAAGGACAUAAAAGAAGUAGAGAACAAGGAAACCAAGAAUUCUUAAAAAUGCUUAAGGAAGACUAUGGUUACCCAGAUACUCUUGACUUUAGUGACAGAUAUAAAGAAGCUAUUAGAAAGUUCAAGGAAGGAAAUACUGACCCGAACCUAUUUAGCUUUAUGGUUCAGCACCAAAUGGGAUAUAAUUUCAAACCUGGAAAAUACAAGCUCGCUAAGGGAUAUAAUUUAAUAGCAUAUCAUCCAAAUGACAUGACUGAAUUUACUCCGAGAUAUUUGGUGUCAGAGCUAAAUGAUAAUUCAACUCUCUUCAUGAAACGCGUAAAAAAUAGAGACGGAACGAAAGAAGAAAGGUUUAUGAGUCCGGAUGACUUAGAUAGGGAACUUGUUAAAAACGGUCUCGGAAUAUAUGAAAUGCCAGCAGAUGAGGUACAAGAAACUCCACAGGAAGAAGUUCAGAUACAACCAGACAUGGAAGAAAUAGUUCAGCAACAACAGCUAGAAGAGCCUGAAGGAAACAAACAAGUCCCUCCUUUGGAAACUAACUUCACAGAACUAGAUGAAGAUUUGGAACAGCCGAAAAAUCUUGACCCUCAACAAGA